AUGGACAGCGUAUGGCAAAAGUUGUCACUGGCCAAGUGUGGCUUGUUUGGAAAGCUGGUUUCACCAAAAUGGAAAAAUUUUAAAGGCUUGAAACUUCAGUGGAGAGAUAAAAUCCGUCUCAAUAACGCCAUCUGGAGGGCAUGGUACAUGCAGUACCUGGAGAAGCGCAAGAAUCCAGUGUGCCAUUUUGUGACUCCGCUGGACGGCUCUGUUGAUGUAGAUGAACAUCGUCGGCCAGAGGCCAUUGCAACAGAAGGGAAAUACUGGAAACGAAGAAUUGAAAUAGUCAUCAGGGAAUACCACAAGUGGAGAACAUACUUCAAGAAAAGGUUACAGAAACAUAAAGAUGAAGAUCUUUCGAGUUUGGUCAGGGAUGAUGAUUUGGUUCUCUGGCAAAAAAGAAGGUAUGGCAGAGAAACCCCUGUCCCUAUGGAGGAAGGCAGCCUUUUGGAUGCAGAUAUGCUUAUGUCCGAGUUCACUGACACGCUGUUCUCCACGCUGUCUUCACAUCAACUGGUUUCCUGGCCAAAUUCCAGGGACAUAGCACACUUAGGAAAUGCUGACAUGAUUCAACCAGGGCUUAUUCCUCUACAGCCAAAUUUUGAUUUUAUGGAUACUUUUGAGCCUUUUCAGGAUUUAUUCACACCCAGUCGUUCCAGUAGUUAUUUCCCUUCUGUGUCUGCUGUCAGCUCAGCUACAACAGACAGCAGCAGCCAUUCUUCCCAGUCUCCUGUCCUGCCGUCAGGUUCAUUGCCCAACACACUUCCAGCGGGGAACAUCGGUGAUGGACUGAUUGCUUCCUCAGUACCUGCUCCUGUCAUUCCUGAUGUUGGCACUGACCAGUGUUCCAGCAUUAGAAGCGGGGGAUCUUUCAUCCAGCCAGCGGACUUCACUCCCGACUCGUCUCUCAGCGGGCCACAAACUUUUAUGCCAGUGUUUCAGACACCUUUGCCACUACUUCAACCUGCGACACAACAGCACCAGUCCCCGUUGCCUGCAGUGCCUCUGAAUUCUAGCUUAAGCUCUCCACCAGCUGCGUUUGCUGCACCAGAAACUCAGAAGUUUGGCCUCUGUGAAUCUACAGUUAUCACCCACACAGCUUCCGCUACGUUGACCCACAAUGCCCCUGCCACCACCUUCAGCCAGAGCCAGAAUGUUGUCCUGGCAAUGCAGCAGCCAGGUGCAGGAGUGCCUUGUAACCUGGCUUUCCAGACUACUGUCCUGCAGGGACAGCCCCGGCCCCAGCUGCAGUCCCAAAUGACAUUUGCACUCCUCAAAGCUGUUCCUCUGGCCAGUGCUGGGACAAGGCCCAAACAGUCACAAAAAAUAGUGCCUGCUCCGAAGCCUGAAACAGUGUCCUUAUUGUUAAAGAAUGCCUUCAUCACCCCAGCUGCCUUUCAGGGACAGUCCAGAGCUGUGAUUGUAACUCCAGCACCUUUAAAAAGAGAGGGGAUUUUGACGCCAGCCACGUCUCAGUCUAAUGUUGCAAUUGCACCAGCUGGAAUUGUCAGAGCUCCCGGGGUGACGGAGUUCCAUAGUAACAUUCUGGUUGGUCCAGCACAGCAAGCACCAAGUAGUCAACAAACCCAGUCCACAGUCUCACAUCUCUUCUCUCCUAGCGUAGUCCAGGAUGUGUUGGUGAAAGGAGAGCAAAUCCCUUCCCACAGUAGCAGUUCACAAGUUCCCUCACCUACACCUAGCCGAGACUGUCAGAAUUCAGGCCAAGCUUCCCCCUGCACCUCUGAGCAGAGCCCCAGUCCACAGUCUCCCCAGAACAGCUGCUCAGGAAAACCUGCCACUGACCCUAAUAUGGCUGCAUUUAAGAAUCGAAGAAUGAAGCAUAUUUCAGAACAAAAACGAAGGUUUAAUAUCAAGAUUGGUUUCAGUACUCUGAACAGCUUGGUUUCAGCCAACUCCAAGUCGAUCAGCCAUGCAAUCAUGCUCCAGAAAACAGUAGAAUAUAUCGCUAAACUACAGCAGGAAAGAACACAGAUGCAAGAGGAAACCAGGCGCCUUCGGGAAGAAAUCGAGGAGCUAAACGCUACCAUCAUUUCUUGUCAACAGCAGCUCCCUGCUACCGGGGUUCCCAUAACACGGCAAAGAUUUGACCACAUGAGGAGGAUGUUUCAUGAGUAUGUGAGAAGCAGAGCCCUGCAGAACUGGAAGUUUUGGAUUUUCAGCAUUAUUAUUAAGCCAUUGUUUGAGUCCUUCAAUGGGAUGGUUUCCACAACAAGCUUGAAGGAUCUGAAUCAAACUGUAAUGGCCUGGUUGGAUCAGCACUGUUCUCUUCCUAUUCUGAGGCCAAUGGUGCUGAACACCCUUCGGCAUCUAAGUACAACCACCUCAAUUCUGUCAGAUCCAUCGCGCCUGCCAGAGCAAGCCGCUGAGGCAGUUAACAAGAUGAACAAAACAGCUGGUGAAUCCUAACAACCAAAGACAAUGAGUUGCUUAUACAAGGGGUGGAGAACCUGCCAGUCUAGCAGCCUGGCGAGUCUCCUUUCAGUUGGUGCACUUUAGAAAGAAUUCUCUCCAUCACCUGAGAUAUCGUUCAGGGCAUCUGGCUCUGCCUUCAGAAUAUGUGGAAGUACGAUGCAACGUUGUCAUAACAUUUUGAUUCCUCUUCAGUGCUGUGCUGUACUCCGUUAAGUGAGAAAACACCAAGCUCAGGUAAAUUUAGCAGGUUUGAGUCCUGCAGGCAGCAAUAUAUCUCCAUCAAUGCAGCAUGCAUCUAUAUGCAACAAACAUAUUUCUAUGAAACAGCUUCAAGUACUAAGUUCUCUGAAGUGUAAAUCUUGUACACCAAGGAAUGUUCUCUUAAAGGGGAAAUAUACUUUCGAUUUCAUGAAACAAAAUGUGCUUUUUAUUUUGUUUUCUGGUAUUCAGUUCCAUUUGUUUUACUUGAAUAGUGAAAAUUGUUAAACAGGAUCAUAUUAAAAACCAAAGGAGAAGAAAAUCCGUCAGUGAUGUCAACUCAUGGCAAAAAUACUAGAAUUAAAAUCUCAGGAUGUGUUUUUUGUAUUUUUAUUUUAAUGAGUGUAUCAUUGCAUAUGAUCAGUUUCAAGACAUGCUUUAUUUUCUAGCAAGUAAAGUAGCUGAUUUUUAUUAUUUUUCCUGAUAUAGCCAUUGCAAGUGAGUAGCAGGCUAUGCAGUAAGUGCAAAAAAGCAGUUUUAGAUUGCAUAGAUUCUGCAAUUAGGAUAGAUACAUGAACGUCAUACCCAUUUAAUCUGUGAACUGUUUUCUUGCACUCUGCGCAGUUCAGCUGCCUUCCUCAUGAAAUGUGCGCAUAUCAAACACAUCCAUAGAUAAAUGUAGUAGUGCUUCAGAGACAAGAAUUGAGUUUGUAAUGUUAAGAAAUUGACUUUUUUGUUAUCUCAGAAACUGUAUCAAAUCACAUGGACUUGUAGUCAGUUCUUUGCUUCUUCAUCUUUUUUGCUUGUUCUUUUUGCGUUCUAUCUGAAAAACCUGAAGGGCUUAGCUAAAUUUGGUCUGUAUUCAGCAUGAAUUUCAAAACAUAUAAAAAUAUGUUUAAAACCCGAAAUACUGCAUAACAUUUUUCUGUGACAGUCUCAGCAAGUACUGUGCUCUGCUGCAGAUAAACUUUGGUCUCGUUACAGCAGUGAUAGUCUGUCCAUCCUGAGACAGCACUGGGAUAUUCAUUCCGGCUGAUUGUUCGUAGUCUGGAAUGAUCCUAUGACCCUUGUGAGUCUACUCAUUACUUGAUUCUGAUUCUUAAGAGCUAUGCAAACUGUGGGUAACGUUUCUCUUGUACCUCCCCUGAGUAGUUUUCUUCUAGUUUCGAAAGCAGGCUGCCUGGAGGUGAUUAGCAGGCUAUCACAGUGCUAAAAUGAGGAGCAGCUAAAACAUUUGGGCAUUGCACAUGCUUAAAUGAGGUCAGUGGGUUCUCCUUCAGGGGAUGUAGUUUUUCUCUGCGUUGUCCCCAGUCUUCUCCACUUGGUGGGUCAAAGUUUAAAAAGAAACAAUAGGCUUGGGGAGUGGGACUAAGCACAGGGAGUAUUUUUCUUUCUUCUUUGUCCUGAGAUUUUGCAGCUAAUGGCUUUCAUUGCUCACACAUCGCAUUGUGUGUGAACAGGGCCCUCUCCCUGAGCAGAGGUACUGUGAGUUGAGGAAUUGGGGGCUGAAGGGGACUGCUGGGGGGGAAGGAGCCGAAGGGAAAGACAAAAUGGCAUGAUCUAAAUACCAACAUGCCUUUCUGUAGUUGUGCAGGCAAAUGAGGAGAUGCUCUUUUUUUUUCGGUGUUUUGUUUUGUUUUUUACAGUAGAUCUGACAGAUCAUUUGAAGUUUGUGGCACAUGUGAAAGCCUGUGUCCCUGUGACAGAACCAACAAAAAUCCAGGCCUCGGCUAAGGAAUGGUUUGUUGAAAUAGUGUAUAAAGGUUGUCAUAGUAAUUAAAUAGUGAGUAGGUUUUCAGGGGGGAUCCGUAUCUAGGUCUUUCGUAGAUAAUGUUAUAAUCAAUUAAGCAAUAUUCUUUGGGAUGCAUCUGGAUAAAAAAUGUUGAAUAAGUGUGAAUUCUUUUUUAAAUCAGUGCUUUAAAUCCUCCCAUUUUUAUCAUUGAUUGUGAACUUGAUUCCAGUAAAGUCAUUUAACACUGUGAUUAGCUGGGGAGCGUCCCUCAAGUUCUUUCUUUACUGGGCUAUCUCAUUGAGAUGCAUAGAUAGCUACAUGCAUAUUUGCAUGUUAAAAAUAUGUAUCCGGUUUUCUAGAAGGAAAUCAGUAGGCAAAUUGUCCAAGAACAGACCCACUUGUGGAUUUGCUGUACUUUUCAAGUGAACAGAUUCUGUAAUGCCUCCUCUGCAGUGUGGUCUCCUGCUUGUCAGGCAGUGAUUGUGCUUGAUUUUUACCAUUACUAGUAUCAAAGACAUUAGAGUUUUGUCUCAACAAGCAAAGUGCACUACAAGCAUACUUCAAAGUCCAGGGAAGUCUGACAACUUCUAAGCUUAAAUCCUAACAUCUCAGAUCUCACUGAAUGGAUUGGAAGCUGAAAGGGACCUUAAAGGAAUAGGAAGGGGUAGUGUGACUGAACUGCUAAAAAUUUUGUCCAUUAGCAGUUUUUAUCUGGAUGUGGAUGGAAAAAACAUCAUGCUCAUUGCACCAUGAGCUGGUUACAAUUGGAGGGAAAGUGCUUAUUUUAAUAACUUGUGGUGGAGAAACAAGCUCAUGGCACUAUUAAAAGACUGCAAAUCUUAACUUA